GUUAAUAUACCCUAACUGCACUUGAGUAGGGAGAGACUCCAUAUCAAAAAACAAAAGAACAGAUAGACUCCUCACUUUUUCUUCAUUCACCACAAGAUUCAUCCGACAUUUAUCAAUCACUCCAGGAAUAUUUUUCAUCUCUUCAACAUCUACUUCCCAUGAGACUCCAGAUAUAAUCCCCUUGAGGGGUGCCCUGUUCCUAAGAGAAACUUCAAAUUUAUCAAAUUGGGUGAGACAUAGCACACGUUUCUUCUGAUCCUCAGAUGCACAAAAAAAUCUAAACCAGCCCCCCUCUCAUGAUCCUCACAGCCUUCACUCUACCCAGCACUCUCUCCACCAGUUUGGAUAUCUCAAAUGGAUUCCUCAAGAUUGGUAAUUCGAUCAACUGCUCCUCAUUUACAAACCGUACAUUCUCAUCACUGUACUCUACUUUAUUCCGUUUCCUUUCUUUUGGACAAUAUUCAAAUUCUCCUGGAUUCUACCGCCAUUAUAUUCAGAAUCCACCUCAUCAUCCGCUUCCGCCAUCUUUUUUCCGUCCCUGAUGGUGGAGGUACUGGAGCACGAGCGUAAUGGACCUCUAGUUCCUCUUACCUUAGAUAUGAAAUGAUUGGAUAGGUUUAAGCAGCUUUGCCUUGGAUAGGCUGGGAGGAAUUUCCAUCUGACACGAAGAGGAAGUCGAUUGCUAGCUGCUCACCAGUCAUAUAAUGUCAACUGUAUCUGAAGAACCAGUGAGCUCUAUUGACAAAUAUAAGAAUGCAGAAGGUGGCUGGAGCCUGCGUCAUGUGAAGCGGGACCUGUUCUCCUGUCCUGAAGAUGAGGCCCUGGCCCACUGUAUCAGCGAAGACUGUCGCAUGGGGGCAGGCAUCGCUGUCAAAUUCAAGAAAACAUUUUGUGGCGUAGACGAGCUGAAGAAACAGAAGAAGGUGCCAGGGCAAUGCGCUGUACUGAAAAGAUACAAGCGUUUUGUGUACUACCUGAUUACAAAAGAAAAAUACAGCCACAAACCCACCUAUGACAGCCUACGGAAGAGCCUCGAGGACAUGAAGUCUCAUUGCUUACAAAAUGGAGUAACUGGAAUAUCAAUGCCUCGCAUCGGCUGUGGCCUUGAUGGACUGAGUUGGGAUAAAGUGGAGGAGAUGCUUGAGCAGGUAUUCCAGCCCACAGAUAUAAGAAUCACUGUGUAUACGCUCCCUGUAAAACCCACAAGGAAACCAAGUCCACGGGUGACACCAAGUAUCCAUUGAUGUUUUCUGUAAACCAAAGUAAAUAAUAUAUAUCAGGAACAUUUGUUAUGGUUAUAUUCUCUAUCACCUUUUAUCAUAGGCUCCAAGCGUGUUUUUCAACUCUUAUGACAAUGGGUUUUGUGUGAAAUAAAACUCAGACCAUAUCGUGUUGUGACACAGUGUGUACAUUUCAAGUGUCUCAAUGCCAGGUUUACGCAGCACACCGAUAUGCACCUGUGCAAUGUUUGCUGAAAGUUUUACUUUCAAAAGGUAACAAAUUAAAUCACAAAAUAUAACACUUUACCUUAAGAAUCAUAUCCUUUACCUCCUAAUCUUUAUUUUACCCAUGUGUUUGAUGGUUUUCUGAAAUUACAGGUGCAUAUUUUUCAUGUUAAUUAUGACCCUUUACAGUAGAGCUGUUCUCCACCAGAAGGGGGCACCAAUGAGUUUUCUUCACAUCGCUUCUGUGGUGUGAUCUGUGCAGGUUUUUGUCAUAUGCUGUAAAUACACUGUAAUGCACAAGUACCUCACAUGAGCAUGACUUAUGAAAACUAAAUAGCUGUUUUGCAGUAAUAAAAUCAAAUGUGUUCUACA